AUGGCACGCGACGGUGGGGUAAGGCCCUUGAGCGCUAGACACAUCAUAUAUAGGGAGGCCAUCCCAUACUCACAUAGUAAACAUAGGAAUGGCGGCGCUGCCAUGUUUGCUGGGAACGUGGGCAUAUUUCACUGGAUUGUCCGGUCCGUCAAGGCCUACUCCAUCUGGUAUGUAAAGGGCAAGGCGAAUAUGGCUGCUGAGCUGAACGACCGGAUACGCCGACCUGUGCCGGUUCGAGUAUAUCGAGUGAGUACUCAUCGCCGUCGUUGUCGCCCCCGCCGGAGGCGUGGGCGACAGCCUCGAGAGCAUGCCAGUGAAAGAAACCACACAGGACCACAUGAACUACCCCUUCGCCCGGCACAUGGUAGCCCGGAGCUCAACUACGGAGAUUGUGGCCCUUACCGUCGUGAUGUCCAGGACCGUCCUCUUCGUCCAGCUGCGGGUGAUAAAGAGAAUAUUCGCCCUGCUCCUCUCGCUAACCCAGCUCACUUGCAGACAGGCGUCGCCUAUGACAGACACGAUGUCAGCAUGAGACCUGUCGCUAGUACCAAGAUGGAGUCAGGUAAUCUAGUCGAACAUGUAGAUAACCCUGCCUCCGUAUAUGUUCAGGGGAGCGGAGCUGUGGACGUCCAAACCACGCGCAGUUGUCAUAACUGUUUCACUGACACAUAUACUCCAAGUACUCAUGAGAAUCUUCCGAGCUUGUCAUUCAACGUCUCCGGUGAUAUUGUGAUGACUGGGGAGUCACAAGCUGUAGUGGACGACUACUGCAGCGAGCUGUUUACGAUUGUUUGA